AAUUUAACAGUUCACUAAAUGUGUUUGUAUUUAUGAUCACUUUUCUUGAAACAAUCAUAGUAAACCAGUGUAAAUAUGAGUCUUAGCAUUACCAUUCUAAUUUUAGGUACUAUAACGACCUAACUGCCAGCUGGGCUCCCGUUCUCUAAGCCAUGUUGACCUGGAUGUAACUUUCUAUUUGUCAGACAAAUGCUAAUUGUGGAAGAAUCUGUGAUGUCUUACAAUGUCUGCACUAAGUUUAGUUGCAUUUUAGCUGCUGACAUGAACAGUUUUAUGUGGUUUUCAGUUUGUGCAGUAUUCUGUCUAAUCUUUGUUAGGGAAAUGACAUCUCAAGAUGUGCAUUCAAGGGCUAAGCGAUUUCUGAUAUUUCCACGACAAGCGCCAACAAGACAUCAGUUCAUUGCUGGUAUUGGUAUUCCUGCUGAUCUAGAUUAUGAAUCACUAACUGUGGGCUACGUUUUAAAGGCAGAGUUCCUACUACCUUACAAUGCAACCGUUUGGAGGCAAGACCCUUUGUUUCCGAGAUACAAUACCACAGAUGCCCCAAAGCAAAGGAAUUUUCUUAGGAAACCCACCGAUCUGCGUUGGCAAAUCUAUGAAUUCAUUGAACAUUUGCUAAAUGGCUAUGGAUUGAAUGGACAUGAGUGUCUCUUAGAAGCCAUCUGCGAGGCUAAUAGAAUCAAGUUUGCUAGGGACUUCAGUACAGCUGCUGAAAUUUUACAUUUGCUCUUAAGUCCUUCUUCUACUUUAAACUCUAAAAGUGAAAGAGCUUUGGAUUUCAUUCAUGCAGAAAAAGAUGGAUCAAAAAGGGAUUGUUCGAUCUAUGAUUGCAAUACAAAGAUAAUUAAUUGGUUUUCACUUGUCAGCAAAAUGGAUUUUUAA